AUUUUUUGUAAGUAUUAGACUUAAAUAAACGCUUCAUUUAGAUUAAGAGGUAUGUUUAUCUAUUGAAGCUAAAAAAACUUUAUGAUAUAUUUAUUUGUUUGAGAAAUAAUGGCUGGAGCUUUUUUUAAUAUUUUAAUACCUACCGAAAGACACGAAAUUCAUUUAACACAAAAUAGUUUUUGUGAUUGUUCAUCAAGAAAUAAACACACAAUUAAUCGUAAACAACUCAACACAUUAGAAAAUGAAAACAAACAUAAGUCGAAUUUAUUACACACUCAUUUAUCAAUGGAAAAAUUGUUGAAUGCAAUUUUGUCCAGUUUACAAAUAUUCAAUUCUAUUUGGGCUGAAAGUAGAGAUCAUAAAAAUCAUUCAAUUUCCUUUUCUAUAGCAUCGAAUGAACAUUGUGAACAUAUUUUAGACUUGUUUAUGGAAAAUGGAAUUGGAGUAAAAUGGAACUCAACUGUAGUUGUUUUACCAUGUUCAUUGUAUUACCAAGGAUCUGGUGCAACUCAAACAUUAAUAGAAUCUAACCAAAAUAAGAGUUCUUCCGAUACAACAAGUGUGUAUGAAUCAUCAUGGAAAACAUUCAUACAAUCUGUGAGGUCUCGGUUAACAAUCGCACAAGUUGCACAAAGCUUGGAGUCCGGUGCUAAGUUAACUUUUGAUUUUUUGAUUCUACUUUUAAUAUCAGUAAUGGUUGCAGCUCUUGGAUUAACUCAAGGUGAGACUAUAAUAUUUGUGGCUAGCAUGCUUCUAUCACCUCUGAUGGGCCCUAUAAACGCCGCAACUUUUGGUACUAUGAUCAAAGAUAAAAAACUUAGAAAUAUGGGAAUCGUUAACGAAAUAGUGGGGUUAGUUCUUUGUGUGAUUAUUGGUUUUGGAUAUGGAUUGACAGCUUCUUAUUUUGACGAAAGAGAUCCUAGUGAAUGGAUGACUGAAGAAAUGGUGAACAUGACAGAUAUUAAAAGUUUGUGGGUCAGUAUUGUACUUGCUUUUCUCACGGGUAUAGCUGUGCCAAUUGCUUUAUUAGGGAAUAAUACGUUUUCUUUAGUAGGAGUAGCAAUAUCAACAUCAUUAUUGCCUCCUGCUGUAAACGCUGGGCUAUUGUGGGCAUUUGCAGUAAGAAAUAUUGGAUCUACAGCUGUUACUGCAAAUUUACAAUAUUCAACGAUACUAUCGGUUGAUUUUGCUAUAAAAGGAGCAAUGAGUAUGUGCCUGACAUUCAUAAAUAUAAUCUGUAUAUUUGCAUGUGGUAUUGUUAUUCUAAAAAUAAAAGCUGUAACUCCGAAGAAAAGUAAUAAUUCAAGAUUAAUAAAUGAAUACCUAAAAGCUUUAAAAGACAUAAAUAUUGGUUGGCAAGAAGAUGAAACACAUUAUUUAACAUUACGAUUAAAAGAAGAAUAUGCAACUGUUUUUGGACUUUCUCCUAAUGGUUUAAACUUACGUAGAUCCUGCUUAACUACUGGAUACAACCCUUUUGACCUAUCAUUUGUUACGUGGUCACCAGGAUAUAAUAGGCAGCAUAAUUCGCAACACAUAAAUAAUUUACAGCGAGAUAUGAAAUCAUCUCAAAUCUUAAAAUGCAAAAUGAAUAAUUUUGAUAUAUACAAAGGAAAUGACUCUCCUGGAUCCUUUAAAGCGAUUUUUGAAUCACCCAGAGAAAAUUAUUCAACAAUUGACUCAGGAGAUACAUAUACUUCACCAAUAAAACGUUUUGUCGUAACUCCAGCUACUUUGGAAAAUUCAUCAGAUGCAUAGAAAUUGCUUGAUUUUAGUGUAUCCAAAAAUUUACAAUCAAUUUUUUGUUAUCACUGUGUUAAAAUUAUGAUAGAUGUUUUAUUUUUACUCAUAUCAUUGCAUUAAUAAUAAUGCCUUGUUUCAUUUUUUUUCAGCAUUAUAAUACUUAACAAGUGCAUUUAUUUUAUUUAGUUAAAUAAGAGUGUAAUUUGUAUAUAGCAUAUAAAAUCCUAUAUUUUGUAAAUUAUAUGUUGUUAUUAAUAAAAUGGUAAAUAUUUUCAUAUAUUUCCAAAAAAUAAAACUUCUUUUAAACUUGA